AUGGACGCCUCCCCGCGGCCCAAGCAGGCCGCCUGUCUCGUCUGCCGCCGCAGCAAGAUCAAGUGCGAGGGGGCCUCCGCUGACGGCCGCUGCAAGCGCUGCGUCCAGCUCAACUGCGAAUGCGUGCGGCCCGACUUUCACGCCGGCAGGCAAAAGGGCAUCAAGAACAAACGCGUUGGCCUCGACAAGGCGCUGUAUCAGAUCGAGCAGGCCGUUAAGCGAGCCAGGGGUGCGCAGAAGCACAGCGCCGAUGAUGUCAAGGUCAUGACGCACCUGCGCGACCUGCUGGGCGACGUUGACGCCGCUGAGACGUCGCCCAGCCAGGCGUCUGCGUCGCAGCGACGGUCCUACGGUGACACUGAGGAGGCGUCGUCCAGCGGUGAUGAUGAUGGCGAGGACAACGCGGGGGCCGCGUCAAUGAAUGACUUUGUGCACCGCACAGAGGAGAGCCUGGCCAUUGACGAUGCCGAGAACCCCCUGCAGCUGCUCGCCCGCGCGUCAUACAUCCAGCCGUCAAGCGACUCGCGCAGCAGGCCGUCGCCCCAAGUGCGCCCAGGAUCGCACCAGAGCCCGGGACAGGCGGACGAGUCGGCGGCUCUCGAGGAGUUCUUCACGUCGACGCACGUGAGCCUCGACGUGGGCGACGACAUUGACCCCAUCACACUCGGCCUGGUCACGCAGGAGGAGGCAGAGACUCUCUUUUCAUACUUUCAUGCGAACCUGGCACAUACGCGAUGGGGCCUGGACCCCAGAAUCCACAGCGUCUCGUUUACCCGCACGCGCUCCGCCUUCCUCUGCACGUCCGUCAUGGCGGCCUCGGCGCUAUUCAUGCCCUCGGCCGCGGCCUUGUCCAAGCGGUUGUCCAACCACGUCAAGACGCUUGCGCAAAGGGUCAUGCUCCGACGGCACAAGUCGGUCGAGAUUGUCCUCGCCUUUAUGAUCAACAUCCCGUGGAUGUUCCCGGGCCGGCACAGCACCGAUGACGAGGCGUGCGUGUACAUCUCCAUGGCCACGAGUAUCGCUAUCGACCUGUCCCUCCACAAGGUCUUGGUGCCGACGGAGCUGCUGCAGCAAGGCUCCGAGCUGACCCUUGCGCGCGGUGAGUGUCUCGACACUCGGAUGGCACUUGCCAUUGACGGCUUCCCGGACGUCGAGCCGUGGUCGGACACGGGAAAGCUGCUGCUACGUAAUAGGGAGCGGUGCUGGAUCUCCUUGUUUGUUCUCGAGCGAGGCAUGUCCCUCGCGCGAGGGCGGCCGUUUGCCGUGCCCGUGACCCGCGUGAUCAAGGACUGCGACAACUGGCACCGCACGCCACAGAGCGACGUCCAGGACGGCGCCUUGGUCUCCAUGGCCGUUUUGCGUAGGAAUCUGGAUGGCCUCUUCAGCACCGUGCGUUCUCUCUGCGACGGGUCGCAGAACGCGACGAGCGAUGGGUCGCUCAUUGCGCAGUCGAUACAGGGCGCCAUUGAGCGCUUCUUCGACCAGUGGCUGACGGAAUGGGGCGUCUCCAUCGGCAUCGGCCCGCAGCGACGUUUGCCACCCUACGUUGAGAUCCUCGUAACGCAUACGCGACUGUCCACCUACGGAGGCAUCAUCAACCAUCCUACGGCGCCGACCGAGGUGCGGCGCUUCUUCCGAACCGCGGGGCUGUCGUCUGCCCUCAACGUCAUGCGGGCGGCGAUCCAGGGAGAGUCGCAGCUGCAGUCGAUGCCCAACAACACGACCAUCAUGAUUUCGUUCGCCGCGUGCUUUGCCCUGACGCUCAGCACCUACACGACGGGCAGCUCGACACUGGCCCCGAGCAUCAGGAAACUGAUUGACGAGGCGGCGGGCGUGCUGGAGCGCAUCGGCACGGUGACGGAGCAUCGCAACGGGCUGUCGCUGCUGUACGGCAAGUACCUGCGACAGAUUGUCAAGAAGGCGGCCGUCGAGGGCGCCUCGGCGCCGGCGCACCAGGCCAGCUCGGUGGCCGCGCCCCAUAUGCCCGUCGGCGAGCCCGUGCCGGCGCAGCCCAGCUUCAUGGCCCAGCAACAGCUGCUGUGGCCGGAGCCGUUGCAAUUCUCAGCCAUGUCGGACGACCAGAUCGCGCACGUGCUCAACCAGCCGGGCAACGAGUUUGAACCGUCGUUUGGCGGCCUGUCGUGGGCGGACAUGAACAACUUUGACUGGCUGUAUUGGCCCGAAUUUUGA